AUGGGGAUUCUAGAGAAGAACAAAGACCCGGCCUACUCGCCUAUUACAGACGACCAGACUUCUGACUCUGCCAGAGAGUCGGACGACCUCAUCUACGAUGGGGACCGGUCACAGUUCAAGACGUCUCGCAGGCGCCCCGGAUGGAUGGUGAUCAUCGGGUUCGUGGCUCUCCUGGCCUACUCUGCCGUCCUCCUCACUGCUUCUUCAUGGUGGUGGAAGAAGGAGAGACUGCACGGCGCCAAUGUUAUCGACUCACCGAUAAGAGACUAUAUCAAGUACGAGCCCACGUUCUUCAAGCACACCGAGAUGGCCAAGGACACCAUGCUCGUGGGGGAGCCGAGCCCGGAGCUCGAGCGCAACUGGCACGCCAUCAUGCAGUACUUCUACGCCGAGGUGCCCAAGGAGUACAUGCAGAAGCUGGGCCGGGAGAAGGAGGGAAUUCGCAUGGCCAAUGGCAACUACCUCGCCAACUAUGCUUUUAUCCAUCAGCUUCACUGCUUGAAACGUCUUCACCACAACUUCUAUCCCGACCACUACUUCCCCGACAUGACGGAGGAUGAGCAGGCUCUGCAGAAGGAGCACAGCAUGCACUGCAUCCAGAUGCUCAUCGAGGCCAUCAUGUGCAAGGCGGACGAGACGCCGCUGACCAUGUUCUGGUUCAACGAGAGCAUCCUGCCCGGCGGCAACCGGACGAUCGCGCACGAGUGCGUCGACUGGAAGCUGCUGCUCGAGGGCAUGGAGAAGGUCAAGGUCGACCCCUUCGAGGAGGGCCUGCUCAUCCACCCCAAGUUCGGCGCCGUGGUGCCGGACGGGCGCGACACGGUGCUGGACAACAGGAUCGGCUAUGUUAUGCACGCGACCCCGUUGGACAGGGAUAAGUAUCCGUGA